CUUUCCCAUGAUAGACACAUUAUUCUUCGUUCCAUUUUAGCACCACAGAAUUGCCCGGUAUCUAGAUAUGCAUAGAUAAAGAGGAAUUGGAUUUCACUGGCGAACGUUAUGAAUACUUGCACUAUUAUUAUGAAUUCCAUGCCAGUUCCUUCUCCUUUGUUGAUAAAGUCCUUUAAAACAUUUCCAUCGUUCAAAUGCUGCAGCAAGAGCUCAGAUGAGAAGGGAAGUGAAGAUGUGAAGGACACAUUAUCUGGGGUGGUGGACGAGCAAGUUGAAGAGUUCUUGAGUAGAAAAGAGAACAAGGUUUUGCUGGAUGGCUUAGAGAAGGCGUCGCAGAGGGUUGAGAUGGCUAAGAGAGAACUUGCUCUGAUCCGAAAACAAGAAUUUGCUGUCAAGCAGUUGAAGGAUUACGUCAACCAGCUUGAAAGCAAAGUUUUCGAGAUUGGAGAAUGUCAAAGAGACAUAUCAGAGGCAAAAGCCUUGGUGGAGGAAGCAGAACGCUCUCUGUUGGUAAAUGUGGGAGGUCCUGAAAAUGGCAGUACAUCCAUGGGGAUGAAAAGUGAAGACAUCGAUAGAGAUGAAGAGAGAUGGGAGUCAGUAAAAGCAGCAUCAAUUUCUGCCCUUGUUGGUACUUUUUCAGGGCUCCCCAUAUGCUUCACUCAGGUCACCAACACAACUCAGCUGCUUCUCCCUUUAGCAAUCAACUUCAUUUGCUGUGCAUUGUUUGGAGUGACUUUUCGGUACACUAUAAGGAGAAAUUUGGAUGAUGUUCAACUUAAGACAGGGGUAGCAGCAGCUUUUGGUGUUGUUAAAGGUCUCGCAACCUUAGGUGGUGGACCACUUCCUGAACCAAACAUUGAAAGCUUCUUGUCACAUGCCCAGGAAGGGACAAUUUAUUUGUCUGAGAAUCUUUUGAUUUUUGUUUCUGCUGCUGUUGCUCUAGAUUACUGUUUAAAGACAAGGCUUUUGAGCCCUUUUCCAAUUGAUUGAUCUUAGCUUAAAUACAAAUUAAUUUUUUCAAUUAUCAUGGCUUAAAUGGACACUGAUCAAUUUGUUGCUAUUGUUUCAAUCCAUUCUGUCCCAAAAAUCUCUGAUAGUCUGCUAAAAAGUCUUCAUUUACAUUCGAAUAUUUAUCGGUUA